AAAAACAACAACAACAACAAUCGAAAGAAUUAAAAAUUUCAUUAGCAUGGCUUAAUCUUCGUUAUGAAGCAUCACGUUGGCUUCAUUAUCGUCGUGAAAAGGUUUCAAUUUUACGUCGUUUAACCGGAUCUCUGGAAUAUCAUCAUUUAACCGGAUUUAUGGGACCUAGUGGAUGUGGUAAAACAACAUUGAUUCGAUGUUUGACCGGUAAUAUGGCUGUUCGUUCGGGAUUAUCAUCCGAAACGGAAAUUUAUUUGAAUCCAUUAGAAAAACGUCGACCAGUUAUCGGUUUGAUUGAUCGUGCCGUACAUGAAAUGAUUUAUGGACAAUUAAAUAUUGGUGAAGCAUUAUGUUAUGCAUUUUUAUUUAAAAAUCAUUGUUUUUCCAAACAACAAAGGAAUGAACAUAUUCGAUCAAUCAUUGAUGAAUUAAUGCUUGAUCCAAAAAUUUUAACACGUCGUUUUGAUCGUUGUUCAGGUGGUGAACAAAAACGUAUUGCAAUAGCACAAGAAUUAAUGUCACUAAGACAUCAACCAUCAUUUUUGUUUGUCGAUGAACCAACUACCGGUUUGGAUUCUAAUUCAGCACUAGUCGUUAUGAAAUGUUUACGACGUUUAGCUGAUAAUCAUCGUAUGUCGGUUACUAUUUCAAUACAUACACCGAAUAGCGAUAUUUUACAUCUUUUCGAUAAACUUUAUGUUCUGGCUAAAGGUGGUGUUUGUAUAUAUACUGGACCACCAGAUAUGUUGCGACCAAUUCUUAAAGAACGUUUUGGUAUGGAUUCAAGUUGUGAUGAUCAUCAAGAAGAUGAAUUGGAAAAACCACCGAUCGAAGAAUAUCUUAAAAUUGCAUGUAUGGGAAUCGAUAAUCAAAAAGUACAAACAUUAUCUAAUGAUGUUUUAAAAUUGGAAAAUGAUCGAUUAUUACCAUAUUUGGAUCAAUUAGAUUUUCUUCCUUAUGGUGUUCCACAACAUUUCAAACGUUUUCUAUUCAAAGAUUUUGCCAUUGAAUUUAUUCGUUUAUUUCAUAUAAUGUUUAUAAUCAAUUAUAAAUCAGUGUUGGCAGUUUUGAUGACAUUUACCUAUUUAUUUGUUUUCAUUUCUACUGUUUUUAAUGGUGAAGAAAUUGUUCGUUCACAAGCUUAUGAUGAUAACGAAUCGAAUGGUGAAAAUUUAACUGAUUUAGAAAAUUGUCAUGAUAAUCUUCGUAAUAGUGCACAUCAUGAUUCAUUUAUAAUGCAUCAAUCAAUGACAACAUUAUUCAUAUCAUCAAUAGCAAUGGGUCUUGCUUGUUUUUUAUUCAUACCAAUCUUACAAGUUUUUCGUAAUGAACAUCGUAAUCGUUGGUAUUCGGUUGGAACAUUUUUCUGGUCAUUAACAUUAAUUCAAUUGAUCGAAAGUAUUCUUUAUGUUUUAACUAGUACUUCAUUGAUUUAUUUUACAAUGGAUUUUAUAAAUCUUGAUCAAAAUCAAUUCAAUUGGACAAGAUUUGGUUAUUUUCUAUUCUUUUAUUGGAUUGAAUUUCUUUAUAUGCAAUCAUUUGGUCAUUUUCUACUAAUUUUAGCCGGUGAUCGUAUACAGAUUUUUAUGGUUUUAGUACAAGUAUUCAUUACCAUAUUGUUUGUUUUCAAUGGACAUUUUAUCAUUUUGGAACGAUUGGGAAAUCCAUUGGCAAUCAAAAUAUCAAAUUUUCUUGCCUCAAGAUAUAUAAACAAUGGUGUAUUGUAUGCUUUCUAUGGUCUUGAUCGAUGUGAUAAUCCAAUGACUGAAUAUUCAGUUAUGCUGCAUAAAUAUUCGGUUAAUGUUGAAAAAAUUUUCGAAAAUUUAAAACCAGUUUUUCGUAAUAUGUUUUUACUUCGUUUAAUGACAAUGAUUUGUAUGUGGUUACGUUUCAGUUAUAAGGGUAAAGCUACACGUAUGUAUCGUCGUUUGGAAAAUAAUGAUAAUUUAUUGGCUGUUGAUCAACAACAAACAUCUAAAUCAUUGAAUGGUGAACGAAAACGAAAACGUUCAAUUAAAGUUCGUUUUACUACACGAAUCAAACCGGAUGCUGAAACUAAAUUUGAAAAUUUUUGUCGUGAUAAAAUACAUUUAUCAUGGCGUUCAUUAUCAUUGUUUGGUGAACGAAUGAUACGUGAAUCACCAUCGCUGAUGAAAAUGUCAAAUCCAAAAUUAAUUCUCCGUAAUCUAAAUGGUCAAUUUCGUUUUGGAACAUUGAAUGCAGUAAUGGGAACAUCAGGAUCGGGAAAAACUUCUUUAUUGAAAGUUUUAAAUGGACGUUGGAAAACCUAUCUAAGUGCUGAAUCACAAAUUUAUAUUAGCAAAUAUACACCAACAAGAAUCUGUUAUAUUUCACAAGAAAUUUCUGGACAUUUAUUACCCGGUUUAACAGCCAAACAAAGUUUAAUUUAUGCAGCCAAAUUGAAAAAUAUUGCCGAACGUUUAUAUGGACAAUCGUAUGGAAAAAUUGAUUAUGAAGAAAUUGCAACAAAUCUUUUGGAUGAAUUAGAUAUUAAUCAUACAGCAUCAACUUUUGUUGAAUAUUGUUCGGAUGGUGAACGAAAACGAUUAGCAUUAGCAUUAGAAUUAACAUCAUUACGUAUGCCAAAUUUGAUCUGUAUUGAUGAACCUACCAGUGGAUUGGAUUCAAAUUCAGCUGCCAUUGAAAUUCGUUGCCUCCAGAAAUUGGUUCGACGUCAUUUGAUUACAUUAGUAGUCAGUAUUCAUCAACCAAAUACAGAAAUUUUAAAAAUGUUUGAUCAAAUUUAUUGUCUUGCACGUGGUGGUGUUUGUAUUUAUUCAGGUACAGCUGGAAAAAUUGCCGAAAAUCUUCGCCGUAUUCCGGAAAUUAAUCUUCCUGAUUCAUGUAGUUGUACAGUGGUAACCGAAGAAUUAAUGAAAUAUUCAUGUCUUUCAAAUGAAGAUCCAAUUGUACAAUCACUCUGUCAAUUAUCUGAUCAAAGAAUUUUAAAUGAAGAAAUUAGAUAUGAAGAAUUUGAAGAAGAUAUUGUUGCCGUUGAUGAUGGUAUAGAGCUAAAUCGUCCAAGAUUUUCAUUAACAUCAUUUUGGUUUCUAUUUUUUCGUAAUCUAAUGUAUCAGAAAAAUUAUCUUUGGUUAGAAACAGUUUCCUAUAUUGUUCUUUACAUUUAUCAUGGAUAUUUAUUACGAUUUGUUUUCAAUCCAAAAUCCGUUCAUACAAGUGGUUGUGUUAGUUUUGAUGAAGAUUUUAAUCAUCUAUCACCAGCUCGUUUACAUGAACAAAUUGAUUUAGUUAACAAUACAUGCUAUACAAUUCUAAUGAAUUCAUUUUUUCUAUUAAUAUUUUUGGUACAAUCUUCAUUUGCAUUGACUAAAGAAUUUGUUUAUUUUUUUAAUGAACAUCGAAAUGGAUGGUAUUCAACAAUGUCGUUUUAUUUGGUUAAAGCUGGUUUUGAAUUAUUAUCCAUAAUACCUGUAAUACUUGUAUACAAUUAUAUUGUCGAUGUUUUUGAACCAAUUCAACCGGGAAUGUAUUGGUGGAUGGUUAUAUUAACAUUUUUAGGUGCAUUAGUUGUACAAGGUCAAAGUCAUUUGUUUGCAUUGUUAAUUGGAUCGAAUUUUAUCGUAUUAAUUGUGGUGGCAUUUUCAAAUUUUUUUACAUGGUUUGUUCUAUCAAAUACUUUCAAUCCAAUUGAAGAGAUGCAUUAUGGUUAUCAAUUUGUUGCACAAUUUUCCGUAUUACGUUUUAUCAAUGAAGCAUUAUUUCAAUUACAAUAUGGUUUUGGUCGUUGUAAUUCGAAUGAAGUAUCUGUAGUAUUAUAUAAAAUGAUGCUACCACGUGAUGAACAAGGACAAUAUUUUUAUCAUUGCCUUCGAAUGUUAAUUUUUCAGAUUGUUUUCUAUCGUUCAAUUGCAUUAGGUGUAUUAAUAUUUAAAUGUAAUCCACAACAAAAUCGUCAAAAACGUGGUCGUCGUAUACGGGAAAGUUUUCGUCAACGACAAAGUUUACGUUCCGAUCAAUUGGAUACAUUUAUACCGGAUAUGGAUAUGGAUGAUGAUGAUGAUCAAGAAGAUUCGAUAUCAUUCAAUCACAAUAAUAAUCAAGAAACUAAUCAACUAGAUUUUCGUCUACUACUAACACAUUCUCGUUAUGAUCAGAUUGAAAAAGAAUUAUUGAAAAUGUUUAAUGAACGUCAUCAUAAUAAUAAUCGUUAUACAAAAAAUCGUUGUACACAUCAUCAUAAUCAUUCAUUGGAACGUUCAUUAUUUGAUAUUGAAGAAGAUUUACAUAAAAUUUUAUUACUUCUUGUUAAACAAUUAGAAAUGUUAACCAUUAAUAAAAAUAAAGAUGUUAAAAUUGAAACACCUGUUAAAGUAGAAAUUGAUAAUCAGAUUCCUAAAUCAUCAGCACUUGCGACAACAUUGUCGAUGGCUGAUGAUGAUGAUAAAUUUACGAAAAAUUUAAUUAAAAAUCAUCAAUCAAAUGAAAAAUUGAAUCAUCACCAUCAUCAUCAUACGGAACAACAACAAACUAAUCAAUCAAGCAAUACUUCAUCUAAUCCAUCAUCCGAAUAUAGUAAACUUUGUUUGGAAAGUGAUGAACGUUUUCGUAAUAAAUUUAAUCGUUUGCAAUCAUCAUCAUCAACAACAAAUCAUCAGAUGACAAAAUUACCAACAACAAUGAUUCAUUAUCGUCUAACCAAACCAGAUAUUGAUUUGGUUCUUGAUGGAAAUGAUCAAUCUACUUUAAAUCAUCAAAGUCAUUCAAAAUUUGUAACAAAACAAAAUCAAUUGGCUCGUUUUAAACAUCAUAGUCCAUUAUGUAAUAAAAUUACUGAAUUACAUAAUCAACAUCAAAAAUCAUCGCAUCAUCAUCAUCAUAAUCAUCAACAACAGCAAACACCUCAACAAAUAAUCAAACAAAUUCAAAGUUUAAUUGAUGAAUUACAUUUGGAACAUGAUUGGAUAUCAAAAAAACUUCAUCAUUAUCAGGUACAAAAUGAAGAAAUUUUAUCCGAAAACAAAACAUUGGCAAAAAUGGCCGAUCAAAUUAAUUUACAUAAUAUGCAAACAUUAUCCGAACAUUUGAUUCAUGUAAUGGAUCAUCUUUAUGAAUUACAUCAGUUGAAUAAAAAACAUCUUCGAUCAAUUUUAGAAUAAAAUUUAAUGAAUAAAGAAA